GUAUGGCGGCUGGCUAGGUGCUCGGUGCUCCCAUCUUUCACUACGGCAGCUCCCUCGGAAUUCAAACCAGAACUCCGCCGCCUCCAUGCCCUACCGCCACUAUCCGAUCCCCUGCGAUGAGGAAUCUGGCAGCCAUUAUCAUGUCAGGUCAGUCCCUCCGUUCUCUCUCCAUCCGCCUCAGAAGACCUUUCUCCUCCUUCACUUCAUCUCUUCCGGCUGACCCAGAGCCUCCCGAUCAGGAGAUCCCUACGCAGCUCAUCUCCAUUCUUUCUUAUCCCAAUUGGCAGAAACAUCCUUCCCUUUCGAAGUUAGUUCAGUCUAUAUCACCGUCAGUCGUCCACUCUCUGUUCACUCUCAAUCCCAAUAUUCAUCCACAAACAGCCCUCGAUUUCUCAUAUUGGGUCUCCAGAAAACCUGGGUUCAAACACACUGUUUACUCCUAUUCCUCCCUCAUAAACGUUCUUCUCAUUAACAAAUUCUUUGGUGCAGCUGAUAAGAUUAGCAUUUUCAUGAUUAAGUCCUCGGAUUCAGCUGAGGAAUGCCUAUUUGUUUUGGAUUCUUUAAGAAAAAUGAAGGAAAAUAAUAAUGGGGGUGAUGGGUUUAAGCUCACUGUUAGGUGCUACAAUAUGCUAUUGAUGUCUUUGGCGAAAUUCCUUAUGAUUGAUGAAAUGAAGGGUGUUUAUAUGGAAAUGUUGAAAGAUAUGGUUUUGCCGAAUAUUUAUACCUGGAAUACCAUGGUUAAUGGGUAUUGUAAGCUUGGGAAUGUGGUAGAGGCUCAGUUAUAUGUGAGCAAGAUUGAGCAGGCGGGAUUGCAACCUGAUUCUUUUACUUAUACAUCCUUGAUAUUGGGGCAUUGCAGGAAUAAGGAUGUAGAUAAUGCAUAUAGAGUUUUUAAGGUCAUGCCACAAAAGGGUUGUCCUAGAAAUGAAGUUUCGUAUACAAAUCUUAUACAUGGUCUUUGUGAGGCAAGGCGUAUUGAUGAGGCUAUUAAUUUGUUCUCGAAGAUGGAGGAGGAUCAUUGUUAUCCUACAGUUCGUACGUAUACUGUGCUGAUUAAUGGACUGUGUGAGGUAGGGAGGAAAUCAGAAGCAAUGGAUUUGUUUAAGGAGAUGUCACAGAAAGGAUGUGUGCCAAAUGUUCAUACUUACACUGUGCUCAUCAAUAGUUUAUGUAAACAAAGUAAGCUUGAUGAUGCAAGAGGAAUGUUAGAUAAGAUGAUUGAGAAGGGGCUAGCUCCAAGUGUGGUGACAUAUAAUGCUUUGAUUGAUGGGUAUUGUAAGAAGGGUUUACUUGAGGAGGCACUUGAAGUUUUUGGUAUGAUGGAAAUGAAUAAUUGUAGUCCAAAUGAUCAGACAUAUAAUGAGUUGAUAUCUGGGUAUUGUAAGAAGAAGAAUGUGCACAAGGCAAUGUCACUACUCACAAAGAUGCUUGAGCUCAAGCUGUCACCAAAUUUAAUCACAUAUAAUUUGUUAAUUUGUGGGCAAUGUAGAGCAGGUCAUUUAGACAGUGCAUUUAGGUUGCUUAAGUUGAUGGGUAGGAAUGAUCUGGUUCCUGAUCAGUGGACUUACUGUGUUCUCAUAGAUUCUCUAUGUAAAAGUGAUAGGGUAGAGGAAGCUUGUGUUUUGUUUGAUUCUCUCAAGGGGCAAGGCUUAAGUGCCAAUGAAGUUAUUUAUACCUCUUUGAUUGAUGGUUACUGUAAGGUUGGGAGAAUUGAAGAUGCACAUUCAUUGUUUGACAGAAUGCUUAGUGAGGACUGUUCGCCGAAUUCAUACACUUACAAUGCCCUUAUAGAUGGGUUAUGCAAACAGAAAAAGCUGCAAGAGGCUUUCUCUAUGGUUGAAAAAAUGGCAAGUAUGGGUGUAGAGCCAAGAGUAGAUACUUGUACGAUUCUCAUCAGGGAGAUCUUGAAAGAAGGUGACUUUGACCAUGCUUUUAAGGUUUUAGAUCACAUGACUUCUGGAGCAUGUCACCCUGAUUUAUUUACCUACACUACUUUUAUUCAUGCAUAUUGUGGUGUAGGGAAGUUGCAAGAAGCAGAGAAUAUGAUGAUUAAGAUGAAAGAAGAAGGAAUUGUGCCAGAUUCUCUGGCAUACACCUUAUUGGUUGAUGCAUAUGGAUGCUUGGGACUGAUACAUCCUGCCUUUGAUGUUCUCAAGCGCAUGUUUGAUGCUGGCUGUGAGCCUUCUCAUUAUACGUAUUCUUUCUUAAUUAAGCACCUUUCAAAGAAAAAGUGGACAAAAGAAAACAAUGCCAACUUAGUUGAUCUUGCUAAUGUGUGGACCAUGAUGGACUUUAACACUGCUUUGGAGUUGUUCGAUAAAAUGCUUGAACAUGGUUGUACACCAGAUGUCAAUACUUAUGCCAAGCUCAUCACUGGACUUUGCAAAGUGGGGCAUUUUGAGACAGGCAUGUUGUUAUUUGAUCAUAUGCAAGAACAAGGACUAUCUCCCAAUGAAGAUAUCUGUAACUCCCUCCUUAAUUGUAGCUGCAAGUUGGGAAUGUAUGAUGCAGCAGUGGGAAUGGUGGAUCUUAUGACCAAUAGUGGUCAGUUACCUCAUCUUGAGUCUUGCAAGCUGCUGGUUUGUGGGCUUUACGAUGAAGGGAACAAAGAGAAGGCUGAUGCACUUUUUGUUAACUUGCUUUGUUGUGGAUAUAACAGUGAUGAAGUAGCUUGGAAAAUCCUUAUUGAUGGCUUACUUAAGAAGGGCCUUGCUGAUAAAUGCUCUGAACUGCUAAGCAUCAUGGAAAAAAGGGGCUGCCAGCUUCAUUCUCAUACAUAUUCAAUGUUAAUUGAGGGUCUUGAUGGAACAUGAGAUUUUAAUUUGCAUCCUCAUAUGCCAUCUGAAUAUGAAUCAGUAGGUGCUCUUGAUUACAUAGAAGCAUUUCUACUACCGUCAAUUAUGGAGCACCUUUUUGUUGAGAAGCAUAGAUACUUGAUUGUUUUUCUGGGCAGCAGUUGUACCUCAUGAAGAUAACAAUUUCAAGUGAAAAUAAUGAGGCAAUACUCCAUCAAUCCAACAAGGGAGGAGCUGGACAUUUGAGCUAUAAGUUUGCUGCCCUGCGGCAAAUGGGACCAGGUUCCCAUAUUUCAAUGUGAAGAAAUCUUUGUGCCUGCCCAUGAGAAACACAUUCAUACUGUAAUCAAAUCUUUAAAAAGCAACCAACGCUUGUAGAUCAUCCCAUUCAAAUAGGACACCACUAUGGGAUUCUUUUGAGAUGAUUGAGGGAGUACUCCAUCAAUCCAACAAGGUCAGGAGCUGGACCUUUGAUGAAUAAGUUUGCUGCGCUGCAUGUUGGAUGAGGAACCUAUUUUCCAGCGUUCAGAAAUCUUACCGCCUCCCCAUGAGAUACACUAACAAUUGUACCGUAACCAAAUCUGUAAAAUUGCAACUGACGUACAAACAUCGAUUCUCUUGAAAGGAUUGAGAUCAACAUCAGCAUAACAAGGCAUGAAUACUUUUUUGUUGGAACAUAAGGCCAUAUAAAAGGAUAUAACUCUUCUCUUUCCUUAAAUUCUUCGCAUUCCUUCAAAAGGUUUUAACCAAUUGAGUUACUCUCGAGGCAAUUGGCAUAAAUAUUUUUAUAUUUUGAAAUUGUAUAGGUCUGUGUACUGCUGUUUGUGGAGAGGUCGAGAGAUAAACUUUUUCCCUACGUCUUGUAAUAAAAUUGGAAAGCAGGAUUAAGAGAUUAAUAUCAUUGUUUCCCCCUUUUUUUCGGGUUU